UCGUCAGAGCAAGCAGGGCGCUUCUCCCGCGAGGAGCUGCUCGAGAAGUGGCGGGAGUGGCGGCUAUGGAAGCGCAGGAGGAGAAAGAGGCGCAGGUUGCUGCCUGGUUGAAAAAAAUAUUUGGAGAUCAUCCCAUUCCACAAUAUGAGGUGAAUCCGCGGACAACGCAGAUUUUGCAUCACCUUUCAGAACGCAACAGGGUCCGGGACAGGGAUGUCUACCUGGUAAUAGAGGACUUGAAACAGAAAGCAAGGGAAUAUGAAUCAGAAGCCAAGCAUCUUCAAGACCUUCUCCUGGAGAGUGUGAAUUUUUCCCCUGCCAAUCUCUCUAGCACUGGUUCCAGGUAUCUGAAUGCUUUGGUUGACAGUGCUGUGGCCCUUGAAACAAAGGAUACCUCACUAGCUAGUUUUAUCCCUGCAGUGAAUGAUUUGACCUCUGAUCUUUUUUGCACCAAAUCCAAAAACGAAGAAAUCAAGCUUGAAUUGGCAAAACUUGAGAAAAAUCUAACUGCAACUUUAGUAUUAGAAAAAUGUCUACAAGAGGAUCUCAAGAAGGCAGAGUUGCAUCUGUCUAUGGAAAGGGCCAAAGUUGACAGUCGUCUUCAGAACAUGGACUUCCUAAAAGCCAAGUCAGAGGAGUUCAGGUCUGGAAUUAGAGCUGCAGAGGAGCGACUUUCAGCCAGAGGAAUGGAUGCUUCUCUGUCUCAUCAGUCACUGGUAGCACUUUCAGAGAAAUUGGCAGAACUAAAACGACAGACUAUACCUUUGAAGAAAAAAUUGGAGUCCUAUUUAGAUUUAAUGCCGAAUCCAUCUCUUGCUCAGGUGAAAAUUGAAGAAGCAAAGCGAGAAUUGGAUACUGUUGAAGCUGAACUUACAAAGAAAGUAAACAUGAUGGAACUGUGACCAGAGCCAAAUAAAUUUCAUCUUUCUUAACAAAGUAAAAUGAAUAGGACUUUAAAGAAUUAUUUCCUCAUGGCAUUCCUUAUAACUUAAUUUCUGUGUUCUUAGAUGAGAUAAUAAUGUCAUUAUUGAUAGAAUAGUCGUUUCUGAUUGUGUAUUAAAUUUUUAUGCUCAAAUACAUAGUUUUCAUAUGAAAAAACGUUGGUUUUCUAUGUUGUUGGUGGUUAAAUGUCCUUCAGUAGUUCUCUUAGGUGAACACUGUGACUGUUGUCCUGCAGUUGCUCACUAGGUCAGCUAAGUGAAAGGGAAAGGUUCUGCAACUUCAGUUAUGUUUCUCCCACACCCCCGAUCAGCUUACCUGCCUACGUCCAAAUGUUAAUAUAUGCAGGAAUUUGGUUUAUGAAAAAGAUGACCUUUUAAAUCAGCAGUAGAGAGAUAGAUAAUUCAACACAUGGUGCUAGAUCUGUACUUCACCCCUUAUAUCAGGGUAAUUUCAAGGGAUCAAAGAUUUAAAUAUUAAAAAAAAAAGUUAGUAAAAGAAAUCAUGGAGGAGUUUUAAUGUUUUGAUUUUUAAAUAAUCACAGAGUCAGAAACUUAUGACAAAUCCAGGAGCCAUAAAAAAACGAUUGAAAUGUUUGAAAAUUUUGAAAUACUAAAACUUCCUGUAUGGCAAAAUCUUUCAUAAAUAAAAUCAAACCAUGACAAAUGUAGUGUAGAGAAGAAGAGAGAUUUUUCACUAUGUAGCUUUUUGGACUUCAAAAAAUUUUGUACCAUGGGAUCAAGAAGCAAUUAGUUUUUUAAAGAUUAUCUAAUUGACCUUAAAAAUGUCCCUCCUCUCCUUUUCCUCAAAUAUGUGGCUAAAGACAUUUGUAUUUCCUUUUUUAGAGACUGUCCAUUUCCUUUAGGCAUUUAAGUAUGGUGGUUUGAUCUUUUUCUUAACUUUUUAAGACAGCUCCUGGUGUGUUAGCUAUAUUUGAAUUGUAAAUAUUUUCCAAGUUUGUCGUUUGUCUUUUAACUUAAUUGCAGUGCUUUUGGUAAGGUAACUUGGUAGGUUGACUGUGGAAAUAACCACCAUAAUUCUUCCCAUCCCUGUGCACUCACCCUUCGUAUUGUGACCUUGCUACUUCUCCCAUUGAGAGGUGGAGUCUAUAUCUAGCACAUAUGAGAAAAACAGAGGAUUAAAAACUGGUUGUGUGGGACUUCCCUGGUAGUCCGGUGUUUAAGAACCACCUUCCAAUUCAGGGGAUGCGGAUUUGAUUCCUGGUCGGGGAACUAAGAUCCCACAUGCCGUAGAGCAGUUAAGCCUGUGCGCCACAACUAGAGAGGAGCCCACACACCACAACAAAGAGCCUGUGCACCACAACUAAGACCCGAUGCAGCCAAAUAAAUAAAAUAAAUUAAAAAACAAAACAAAAAUGGUUUUGCAUUGGAGCUUGCCGUCUCUUACUGCUCUAGAAUUCUGAGACUACCAUGUGAAGAAGCCUGGACUAUUGGAGGAUGAGCUGAGACAAGUAAUUCCAGCUGAGCCCUGUUCCCACCCCAAGACCAAACAGGCUGCCAACUGCCAAAUAUGUGAAUGAGUCCUUCUUAUACUGUCCAGCCCCACUUGAGCCACUAGUAGACUGCAGAGAUCAACCACACUGACCCAGGCUAGAAGCUAACAGAGUCAACCCUUAGAAUCAUGAGAAAUAA